AUGUCCGCCGCCUCCGCAGCCACUCGGCGCCCGCCACCUCAGCGCCCGCGCCGCCCCACGUCGCCGCCGGCCCGCGGGACCCAGAUCCGGCCCGCGCGCCGCCGCCGCUCGCCCGUCGCGGCCCGAAUCCCGCGCUGCCUGGCUCCCUCCUCCGCCGCCUCCUCGCGCCACCACGCCGCUCGCCGCUGGCGAUCUCCACCUCGCCGCCAUUGCGCACCUCGCCACCCCGCUCGCCCCGCGCGCCGCCACCUGCAACCGACGCCGCCCCCGCACGCCGUCGCCCACGCACCCUCGCCCCGCGCCGCCUCGCUCACCCCGCCGCCUGGGAGCUCCUCCGCCGACGCUCACCGGAGCUCCAGCUCCUCCCGCCUCCUCGCACCGGCCGGCGACCCAGCGCCGCCGCCGACGACCGCGUCUGGCCAGUCAAGGGCAUGCCUCUCCCCUUCUUCCUCCUGCUUCCUCUCUCUCACUCUCACCGGAUCUCUCUCUUCCAAGGAUCGCCGGAGCGCCCACCUCGCCGGAGAACCGCACCUUGCCGGAGGCGAAUGUCAUGCCCAAGAUGCGACCCUAUCCUAA